GGAUUCGCUCCCUUUCUAUCCUCUCCGCCGCCUCCGAUCCGAUAACGUCACUCUCCUAGUCUCCACCUCUCCCCUCCCUCUCUUAUUUCCUGAGGUUCUCCUCCCACCGUGAUUCCUGAAAGAAAAGGAGAAAGGCGAGCCAACACCAACAUAAAAGAUUGGUCGAGAGGAGACGGACCCAAAAGUGAAAAGGGCUAGAGGAAGCCUUCUUCUUGCAAGAAGCAACCCUGUGUUGGGAGGUCUUCCCUCAGCUCCAGACCCCUUCCGCCUUCAGGAAAAGAAUUUGAUGCACUUCGUCGGCUUGGGGGGUUCUUGCCCUGGUUGGGAUAUUGUGAGGUUGUGCUAUUUAGCGGUCAGAGUUUUCCAUAUGUUCAUGCUCCUGACCACCAUGGAAAUUUGGUACUUACAUGAUCUCUUGACUAUUCAAUCACAAACCAGUAAUCUAGGGGUAACUUAAAUAUCUUCUGCUUUCGAAAAAGCACAAAUUCAAAUUUCUUUCGAAUUUGUUUCGACUUAAAUGAGACCUGGCUAAAUCAGUGAGCUUUUCUGGAACAUGUUUACCCAGUUCUUGAGUUAUUGAAGUGCUUUGGCACUUCUGUUCAACUUGGGCCACUUAACCGUAGAGGGAGAUUUUUCUGGCACUUUUUGGCACAAUGGACGAUGGAGUAGACCUUCCAAGCCAUCUUCUGUUGUUACACCAUGAGAUCUCUUGUGGAUUUGACGAUUUCCUGAAGAGUACAACUGCAUGUACUCAUACACAUACUUGUAAUCCACCGGGGCCAUCGGCAGCUAUGCAUACCCACACAUGCCUCCACACGCACACGCAAGUCGUAGCCUCUGACGAAGAGCUGAGGAAGCCCCGGAAACCUUUGGGAAAUAGAGAGGCUGUGCGCAAGUACCGGGAGAAGAAGAAAGCACAUGCAGCCUUCUUAGAGGAGGAAGUCAAGAAACUCCGUGCCACCAACCAACAGCUGCUGAGGAGAUUGCAGGGACAUGCAGCUCUGGAGGCUGAGGUGGUGAGGUUGAGGGGCCUCUUGUUUGAUGUCCGAGGCAAGAUCGAUGCAGAGAUCGAUUCGUUCCCGUUCCAAAAGCAUAGCAGUGUUGAUUCUGUUAUCUGUACAGACCCUCCUCUUUGCGUCAACCCUGAUGCCGAGCUAGCAGCCCGGGUGGCCAGCUCUGGUGGACCAACAAUUUUGGAUUUUGAGAUUGAUGAAAGUGGCAGUAUUUCACGAGAAAUCGAUAUUCCUGAAGUGGUUAAUUCGAUGGAUGCUGCUGGAAGCUUGCUGAACUCAGACUCAUUAGUUGAAUGACUUUUGACAAGCUGCUUUUGAGCAUUUUCAGAUCCAUCCCAGUUUGGUUUGCUUCUUGUUGUUGGUACUAAUUCUAGUUACUUGUACGGUUGUACCCUGUUUGAAUAAUUGGUGGCUAUGGGCAGGUGUAUGAAGCUGAUAUACCCUGUUUAGACGCUGCUGGUUAUAAGUUCUAAUUCUACUUGUAUCUGCUCAGUGAUCACUGUACUUGCAUGAUAUUAGUAAUGGAAGAAGUGCUAUUCUUUGUUCUGCAGA